UGUGAGAAACAUAAUAUAAAUGUGAAUAAAGGCAGGUGCAGGUGCUGGUGCUGGUGCUGAUGAGGCGCAGCAGCGCCCCUCCUCCUCCGUCUGCACCGUAAAUCUUAUUUAUGAAUGCCUGCCGCUCACGGGCGUGUGCACGCAAUUCCUUAUCAUCAUCAUUAUGUUUUAAUAAUUACAAGAUAGCAGACACUGAUUAUAGCCGAUGUUCGGGUUUGUCCCGGACCGUGCAGCGCCCGGUCAGUUCGGUUAAGCCCGGACUUUAAUUCAUGGUGGUGGAUCUGCUGGUGACAGGCUGCUCUGCUUAAUAAUACUGGGUCAAUACACCGAGCACCGCUGCACCCCAUCACCCGGAGGAGCUGUCCCACAAGGUGUGUUGCCGGGGGCAACAUCUGCCUGACCAUGUCUUUGUGAGUAUGGGCGGGGCUACCUGGCCCUGAGGCAGUCGGGAGGAGGAGUCUCAGCCCUCAGCCCCCCCUCCUCCUGUAACGGACCAAACAGAAGGACAUACAGACGGACGUGGCUCGCCCCUCCCUCCCCCUCCUCCCCUGUCCUCCCUGUUCUCUCCCCCUCCACUCCCUGUCUCCUCCCCACCUCCCUCCCCCCUUGGCCACCAUGCUGUGGUCACGCUGCUGGUGGAGACCCUGAGGAAGCAGACUCUGGAAGGUGACCCUGCUCAGCCGGGGGACUUCUAUCUGUCCCUGCUGGACCCGAAAACCCUCGGAGAGUGCUGGGCCCCUGAUGGCUUGAUGCCUGAGAGCAGCUACUGGCAGCUCUGCCCUCCCUCCAAGUCCAGCCUGCAAGGGGGGUUACUGAGCUCUAGUUUCCCCCCUGGCCCUGUGCCCCUGGUGCCCCCAGAUGCUCACCUGCAGGAGGGGGGCGACCCCCUGGACAGCGCCCCCUCUCAGCUGCAGCAGCAUCAGCUCCAGGCUCCCAGCACCUCAGCAUCCGAGCUGUCCCUUCCCGGAGCAGAGGCCCCUUCUGGCCUUGGGCCCCCUCCCCCUCCUCCCCCCCCGCUGCCCUGGAGCUUCCCCUGGGCCCCCAGCGAGGCAGCAGCGGGUGGAGGAGCCUGCUGCUGCUUCUUCCCCUCGCCCUCCUCCUGCUCCUCCUCGCCCUCCCCCCUUCACCCACCUCCCCCUCCCCAGAGGCGUUUCUCCCUCUCCCCAGUGCUCAUCAGAGACUCGGCGACCUCCACCUUUCUGCCUCCGCCUCCCGUACCGAGCCAGGCGAUGCCACCUAUGCUGGGCUGUUCCACCACUGCUGGAGCGACUGCAGGGGGGCCAGUGCCCGCCUCUCCUUCUUCAGCCUGUAGCACGCCGUCAUCUCUGCGGCGCAGCCUACCGCCGCAGCUGCCACGCUGCCACUCGCAGCCCUGUGACCUGCUGCUGUUCAAGCCGGGUCUGAAAAGGCGCCGAGACCCUGACAGACCCUGCGCCCGCCCGGUCCUCGACUUCACCAAGAUGACUCAGACGCGCAGCGUUGACCCGCAGUGUCUGGAGCGCGGUGGUGGCAGGCUGGCCUGCAGCGGUGACAUCUGCAUGGGCAUGGAGCCCUUCAUGGGAGACUUCCGGGGCUCCUGCUCACCAGCCGAAUGCCUGGGCAGGACCAGCAUCGGGCCGCUGAGCGAGAGCGACGAGGAGUGCCACGAGGAUGACGACGGGGAGGAGGAGGUGGAGGAGCGUGAGGCUGCGCAGCAGGCAGUGUUUGAGAGGGACUGUACAGAACUGGACUUGAACUUAAUAGAAGAGAACUGACAUAUUUGUAAAUGAAAGGCUGUUGUCUGUUUCUGGUUUCAUUUUGAAUUGAUCUGAACGCCCGCCCCUCUUCCUGGACCACCAUCAUCUCGACACUCCCACCACUUGCCACCAAUUGGCAAGGCUCUCAGGAACAACACCUUCUCUCAUUGGAUGAGCUGGGGUGGCGACAACAGUGAUGAUCUGACUACCAGUGAAAGGAACUCAGCGCUGCAGCUUCACUUGGAUCCUCCUACUGCUUUUUAACAUGUCCGCUGUUGGAAAGCUGAGUGUUUGGAGAGGGGACACCUGGAGUCCCAACCAGCACUGAGUGAUAACAGGGACGCCGCUCCUGCAGCUGACCUUUUCUCACCUCUGUGAUGGCUGUGUUAGCUUCAGGCAGAGUCUUCCCACAGCUGUGAUGGGGCUCUGACUGUCCAGGUAUCUUCUGUUCCCAGCUGCUGUGUCUGUAACGCCACUGUUUGAUGAGGCUGUUGCUGCAAUGCAGCGCCGACCUGAAGCAUUGUCACCACGCCAUCGCACAGUCCUACACCGACACACAAACAAGACGCCAGACAGAUUUAAAGGGGCAGUUCACUCAGCGUUAGCGUUCACUCAAAGUUCGAUUCAAAAUUCAGCAUUUCCACAGUGCCCAAACAAAUCCAUGUUAUGAUUUCUUUGUUCACUUAAAAAAAAAAACAAAGUUUCACACACUUGAAUCAGUCACUGAGUAAUGAAACUGAGCGGCGUUGUUGUCUCCCUCCUCGGCUCCCUGUCGUAAUAUCUGGUUGGUUUUCCUCAGUCUGUUAAUGACAAGAAAUAUUACUUGACCUUUUUGUUCAUGAUGCAGACAAGACAAAAAAAAACAUAAAACCUCACCUUUGAAAAGCAGAACUAUGACAAAGGUUUUACCUUUUUCUUCAAAUCAUAAAAACUAAACUUAAAAUAUGGAUGAAUAACUAAUGAACUAAUGACUGCUUUAGUGCAAAACUGUCUGCAGUCACUGCUCUCAGGUGUCUUUACUAUCGGACCUGUGACACUGCUGUUACUAAGAAGCACCUUAGGGUCGGUGAUACUGUCUGACCGGUUGUCUUCUGCCACUGAGAAUCAGACAAGAGGCUGACUGAAACUGUGUCCCCCCCCCCUCUGUAACAUUUCAAUUUUACUCACUGAUAAAAGUUGUAAAACAUUGUCAUACUUAUUUUCCAAUGUUUCUUUUGAUUUUUGUUGAAGUCUUGGUUUUGUCAUGACUAAAAAAAUUUAUGUAAAUAUUUUGUCAUCACUGUAGCUGACAAAGUUACCUCUGCUAUGUUGUCACGAUGUCAGUGCAUGUUUGACGAAAUCUGAUCAACUCUAGAUUGACGUUCAUCAUCAGGAAGGACAGGAUGCUGAGGCCUGAUUGAGGCUCUGAUUGGCUGUUUGUGUUCAGGUAGCUCUGGUUUGAUACCUGCCUCCACCUCAACACAACGGAGGAGAACAUAUUCGGUGACAUCUCAGAAACUUGUCGCCAUGUAAUGGUGACAGCGUGCUCAGGUGAACUGACCCUUUAAUGCGCCCCUGCAGAAAUAUGAGCAUAAUUAUUCAAUAGCAUCUAGGUUGUAGUUUGUUGGUCAGUUUGUGAUUUGUUGACAAGAAGAAAUAUGUAGAAAAUCACCAGACAUGACUUUUAAAUACACACAAGUAGAGCUGCUUCUAAUGAAUCUUGAACGUCACUGUCCUGAUCUGGUGAUUUAACUGUGUUCUUAUUAGAAGUCCCCCAAACAGAUGCUUGGAUUUCAUCUGACUAAAACUAAUCUAAUGUUUAAUACGGAUUUGAAGACUUGACUGUCAUAAGAUGGGUUAAUAACCCUAACCCAUUGCUGCAGUAUCAAUCUUAGCAGUCAGUAACAUUCACACAGUCUGGUGUCACAGUGAGAACAAACACAAACUGGUGUAAAGACUGAAACACACUGAUGCAGGUAAACCACACACACACCUGCAUGUAUAACAGUCAUGUGACCUUGGCGUGGUGAUGCGUUCAGGUUUGCUGGUGCUUUGUGGCAUAGUCCCAUUAGGUGUCGCUGAGGGCAGGUAGACACUGAUGCUGUUGUUCACACAUUCCUGUCACACACACACACACACACCUGUCACUGAGUGUACUACAAACACUCACUGUGUGUGUGUCUUGACAUCCUGGUGGCCAUGUGACCCGUGUCCCAGUACGCUUUAGCCACGUUGACACCUGACAUUCUGUAACUGGGCAGACACCGUACGGUUUUAUUAUUAACUCGCACUAGUCAAGUUUCACCCAAAUUUAGCACAAAUUUAGCAGAAUUUUUUCACAUUUCCAUCCAUAGCAAAACUACGAGCCAGUGCACAGAGACACACAGCUGGUGGAGCCCAUUCUCCAACCAGAUGAGGUCAUUGAAAAGAGCUCCAGUCGAGGCUCAAACUGUGGAAAAUAUGACAGAAAUCUGACUUUUUUUUUUUGUGUGUGUGUGUGUGUGUGUGUUAAUGUGAGGAAGGUUAAAACCCCAGAAAUACAUCGACUUUCUGACCAGAAAUCGACCUGAGCUGUGAUUGUUCAGAUGGUUAAUCAGGUGACUUCAAACAACAAAGAUCCAGCACUAGUCUGAACCUGUACAGAGUCGGGCCGGCGUGGUUUGUCUCUUCUCACUAGUGCUAAUACCGUACGUCAGUUUCACUUAUUGUAUCUGCAUUCAAACACUAAAAUUAUAUCUUAUUUUGAGAAAUACCCUCCAAAAAAAAAACCUUCAGUGAGCAAAAGCAGUCAGUGAUGUAAAUGUUACACUUUGUCUAAACACAAGCACCGACUGGUGACCAAAGUAUGACUCUAUACAGAUAUUCAGUGCUAAGGUUAAAUGGUGUUUAAAUCAAAACUUCAUCCUGUUUGGGGUGCACUCCUACCCAGUUUGGAUUUAAUCAUGAUGCACUGAACGACCUUGUGUGAAUCUUGUGUCGAGGGAAAACAUCCACAGGUUAUGAAGUGAUAUUUCUUGCAAUUUUUGAUCACUUUAUAGCGUUUCACAGUUUCACUGAGCAUCCAUGCUUCUGCAAAAAGGACCACAUGGCUUGUUUUUACAUAUUUACAAUCAUGUUUUGUACUGAGAAACAUAUUGCACAUUCCAAAUCUGAUUCUUUCCCCUCUGGGCAGCCAUUUUGUUUCCAAUCAUUUCAAUGGAAAUCAGCCUGCAGUGAGAUAAUCCCUCACAGCCAGGUUUACUUUGGUUUUUGUCAAAUUUAUUGUAAUAUCAUGUGGCGAGAACAACACAGUCAGGUGUUUCAGACCUCUGGUCCCCUUUAGUCGAGAUGUUGGCUGUGAUAGAUUACCACCAUCCGAUUGUGGCAGCGUUCCUGUUAAAGUUUCCGAUAUUUGUUUAGACCUAUCAGCAGUGAAUUGACUAUAAAGGAUGAGAUUGUUUAUAUGCUGUGAGCUGUUGCUAUCUGCGCAUCAGAGGGUUUGAAACAUGUUUGAUUUGUCGUUUUUCUCUUCUAAUGUCACAUUAACAGGAAAAAUGUUUCUGUAUUUUUAAAGUGGAAAAACAUCCUGCUGGCGAGUUGGCACAGUUCCACAUUUUGACAAAUCAUAUUUCUAUGACAGUGAGAAGAUGAGAUGGGGAUCAGUCUCAUGUUUAUGUGCCAAGCAUGGAAGCUUGAGUCAGGGUGUGGUGGUUCGCCUAGCUUAGCAUGAGUAUGUUGCUCAUUUUACACAAGCUAAAUGUGAUGUUUGAAUCUGAUUUUACUUGAACUGCUACAAAUGCUUAGUACAACAAAAUGAGGUAAUUUAUGCUGUUAAUCUGCUGUGUCAAGGUUAACGUUAGGGCCAACCGUCUCGGAAUAAUUCCCAGGAUAAGUGACCAUAUUUAAAUACUAGCUGAGCAGUACUUUUGGUUAUACCUUUCAACCUAAAGUAUUUUAUCAUAUAGGGGAAAAUCAUUUGCAGCUGAAACUUCUGUUCUUCUGUUUGGUUCACAGAAUUUGGCUUUUUUCAAAUUGUACUGUAAUUUUGUUUAACUACUACCUACUACUAGUAGUUAAAGUAAAAUCAUUUACAUGCAAUAAUAUGUAAUUCCCAUGUAUAAAUUGUAGUAACUUUGGUGAUCCUCUGACUUUUCAGGGAGCGGCAUUUUUAUUUGCACAUGUAGUUCGGUUUCUUCCAUAAUCCUGCAAAUCACAUUCCAGCGUUAGCAAUACUUUUGGUUUAUUGCUAAUUAUCAAUUAUUAGAAUACUGUCGUGAAUUUUAAAAAAAGUAAUGAAUGUGUAAACAUAGCUUAUCUGCUGAACAUCGCAAUGUCAUUGUUGUUAUUGACCUAGCAUGCUAAUGUUAGCAUUUAGUCCUAGAUACCACUGUGUUUAAGUACCUAUAGACUAUUUUUGAAAUGUGCACAGUGCUAAGCCGCCUGUUGCUCAAAGCUUCCAGUUUUUAUGCUAUUUUAUGCAAAGCUAGGCUAACGAGGUCUUGACUCAAGUUCUGUACUGAGUGCACACAAGAUUGAUAUCCAGCUGAAAAUCUGACCCUUAGAGAAAGGAAUGAUUUUGUCAAAAUGUUCUUUUAAUGUAUGGUUAAAGUUGCAACCUAGCUUGUUAGUGUUAUGUGGUGUUAAUUAAAAAUUUUAACUUAGUGAUGCAAGAUGGGAAGAGUCUAAAGGGUUAAUUCACCUACAUUUACAAAAUAGUUUAAAAUCCCUGUAACACACGAAUAACACUGUACCCAUAGUGCACAUAAAAAAACAAACUGUCCCCAUAAAACACAUGAAAAAGCAGUCCCCAUAUGACACGUGACCCACCCUCCUGGUUUGUUGGUCUGUUUCUGUUGAUCCAGCAUAAGCCUUAACUGAACAUAUUCUAUUAUUCUGUAAAUCAAAACACUGAAAUGAGGGGAAAAAAGACAAAACGGAGAAGAAAUGUGCUGUAGCUGUAAAAUUUUUAAUCCUUCUCUUUGUUAUUUUCUGGUGUUCUUUCUUAAUAUUUCUAAUCUGAUGUCUGAGCAUGGCGAUGUUUGUAAAAGGGAAAGAUGCUUCAGGAUGGAUGAGGAGCAGUCGUGUACAAAGUGAGCUCGGACAUCUCUUGUCUUUUAGAAAUGUUUUUUAUUGUAUGUGAUUUUAAAAAAAGACAAUGGCAAUUUGAGAAGCAGUUUGUGAAUAAAUUAAGUUUAUUGAGAAUUAUUUUGCAAAGAAAGGGGGAAACUGGUUUCCUGUGUUUAUUAUCAUCAUUCCCAUUGUGUUUGUCAGAAACUAGUUUGGGUAAAAUGCUGGAAGAAUCUUCAUACACCCCUCAUCUUCAUGAUUAAAGGAGCACAUGGCUGGUUUUUCAUG